AUGGAUAAUCAGGAGGAAGAGCGUGAUUCCAGCAGCACAGAGCACCCAACAGUCGCAAACGCCGAAGGAAGCACCUUUAACAAAACUAUCUUUGACAUGCUCCAAAAGAUGUCGGUGGAUUUGGGAGAGUUAAAGGCCAUAAAAGAAAUGACCGCAUCUGUGGAAGGAAAACUCACCUCACUUGUGACUCGCAUGACUGAAGUCGAGGAGCGGGUGAGUGGAAUUGAGGACACGCUCGCAAAACAGAAGGAAAACCCCCCGGUAACGAGAGCUGAGUGGCGUGAGCUGCGUGACCAAAUGACAAUGAUGGAGGACAGAUCUAGACGAAAUAAUUUAAGAUUCGUCGGGUUCAGUGAAGGAACCGAGAAGAACGACGUAGCCGGGCUCCUGACCCGGUUUAUUUCAACAACCCUCGGGAUUACAUCUGCCGCACCGCAAGGACUCGAAAUCGAGCGCGCUCACCGGACUCCAACACGGAGAUCAGCAUCCAGCGAGAGACCGAUGCUAUGCUAUGAAUCAAACUUUGCUGUAAUGGGCCAACAUACUGUUUAG